AUGAAAAGCAGUCAACAGAGCUACAUUAAACACAUUACACAUGGAGAGGCCUAUACUGAGGCCCCAAACUACACUAUUCUGGUUGAAGCAAAGGAUCAUGGAGAGAAGAUGCAGCUCUCCAGCACAAGCACAGUGAUACUGAAAAUCAUCGACAAACACGACCAUCCAUCAGAAUUCACUAGGAAAAUGUUUAUUCAGAAAGAUGCUAGCGACUCCUCAGUAUUGAAGAUGAUGAAGCAAGUGGGUGUAAUGGAGAGAAUGGAGUCUGGACCUAUGCUGGAGGCCAACAAACUGGCCAUGUGUCUGUCUGAGGAGAUGACUGACAUUACAGCGCUCAGCCUAGCCCUGUACAGCCCACCAAUACACUUCGAGCUGACUGGAGACGUCCAGGGGAAAUGGAGGCUUCAGUCUAACUAUGGUACAUCUGUGAGGCUGAUCAAAGAGAGCGCCGUACAGGCGGGCGAUCAUCAACUCACCCUGAAGAUCUCUGACAGCCAGGGCCAGCAUUCAGUCCAGACCCUCUCGCUGCUUGUGUGUGACUGUGAUGUUUCUGCAAACUGCAAAGACCCAGCAACAAAGAUGAACGUCACUGCCAUCGCUGUCGUAAUCCUCAACAUCCCGGUGCUGCUGGGUAAGAGCAGGAUUUCAUGUCAAGCACAAUCCUGGGUUUCACAUUCACUUUGA